CUCUCCCCUCCCCACGAUACUGUGGUGUGGUGUGGGUGAUCGCAGGCUUCCUGUGUUUUUCUCUGCCUCUGCCAUGUUCUUUCGCUCCUUACCGCGUCGCUGGAAAGCGGCCGCGGGCGGCCUCUGCCGUCUGCGUCCGUGCAGCUCCAAGUCUGGGCUGAGGCCGCAGGUCUACAUGGAUAUUUCUGUGGACGGCAAGCCCCAAGGCCGGAUCACCAUGGAGCUCUUUGCUGACGUGGUCCCGAAAACUGCAGAAAAUUUCCGUGCGCUGUGCACUCAUGAGAAGGGCUUUGGUUACAAGAACUCGACAUUUCACAGAAUCAUUCCUCAGUUCAUGUGCCAGGGUGGUGACUUCACAAAGCACAAUGGCACUGGUGGGAAGUCCAUCUAUGGAGGGAAGUUUGCUGAUGAGAAUUUCCAGUUGAAGCACACAGAACCUGGUAUCCUGUCUAUGGCCAAUGCUGGGCCAAAUACAAAUGGAUCGCAGUUCUUCAUAUGUACUGCUCAAACUAAUUGGUUGGAUGGAAAGCAUGUCGUAUUUGGUAAAGUUGUAAACGGCUUUGAGAUCGUGAAGAAGAUGGAGGCUUGUGGCAGUAGGAAUGGCAAACCAUCCAGUACUGUUAGCAUUGUUAAUUGUGGUCAAUGUGAAUAGAAUUGUACAAUACAAAUAAAACUUGAUUACUUGAAAUUCUAA